AUGGCCGCAGACCGUCUUAGCUCGCUCCUGAGCCACCUUAAGCCCGGCUCCGCCAGCGGCCUCAACGCUAUCACCCAAAAGAAUCCCGACGAUGUCGUUAUCACACUUGCUCUCCGCACACCCCUCACCAAGGCACGCAAGGGCGGGUUCAAGGACACAGAGCUUGAUUUCAUCAUCUACGCUCUCCUCAAGGAAACCCUGGCCAAGUCCCAGAUCGACCCUGCCCUGAUCGAAGAUGUCUGCCUCGGUAAUGUCAGCGAAGCCAAGGCCGCCUACAUGGUCCGCGCCGCUGCCCUAGCAGCUGGAAUCCCCCACACAGCCGGCGCCUCCUCAGUAAACCGCUUCUGCUCGUCAGGUUUGAAAGCCGUCCAGGACAUCGCAAAUCAGAUCCAGCUCGGCGCCAUCGACAUCGGAGUCGCCAUGGGCGCCGAGUUGAUGUCCGCUGCCGGCGAUCGCCUCGAGAAGCCAUUCAGCGAGGAGGUCCUGCGUAACCAGGAAGCCGCCGACUGCAUGCAACCCAUGGGUCAGACGUCCGAGAACGUCGGCAAGGACUUUGAUAUCCCGCGCGAGCAGCAGGACCGGUAUGCAGCGGAGUCGUUCCGUCGUGCUGAGGCUGCGCAGAAGGCUGGCUGGUUCGAUGAUGAGAUUGCUCCCAUCACUGUUAAGGUGAAGGAUCCUAAGACUGGGGAAGUUAAGGAGGUUACUCUUACUCGGGAUGAUGGUAUUCGUCCAGGGACUACUUUCGAGUCCUUGUCUAAGAUUCGUCCUGCGUUCCCGCAGUUUGGUGAUAAGUCUACGGGUGGAAACUCUAGUCAGGUUACUGAUGGUGCUGCCUCUGUUCUCUUGAUGCGUCGCUCAAAGGCCAUUGAGCUGAACCAGCCUAUCCUCGCCAAGUUCUGCGGUGCUACCGUCGCCGGUGUGCCGCCUCGCGUUAUGGGUAUCGGCCCAACUGCCGCCAUUCCCAAGCUGCUGAGCAAGUUCCAGCUUGACAAGAAUGACAUUGACAUCUAUGAGAUCAACGAGGCUUUCGCUUCUAUGGCUGUCUACUGUGUCAAGACCCUUGGUCUUGACCAUGCCAAGGUCAACCCCCGUGGCGAAAAGGUCAUAAAUCAUCAUGAAAAGAGUAAAUAUCCCAAAAACAAGUGA